CUGUGAAGUCAUGUCAAAGAACCGUACUAUUUGACAAAUGUAAAUUUUUGGACCUCCAAGAUAUAAAUACUAUGUAUUUAGUCUUCCACAAAUAUCAAUGAUAUUAUCAAUCGAGCAAUUUGAGAAAAAUUAAACCAAUUAUCCAAGUUUUGUUAAAUGUAGUCAAAAAUUAAACCCGGGUUUUGUAGUGCUUAAAAAUGGCUACAACGAUUUUAUCAAACAAAACUUAAUUUAAAAUAUAAUGUGAUCAAUUCUAUCAAGAAAAAUGAGUUUGACCCGCUUCGUUUGUUUGAUUUUAAUUGGUUAUUCCAACUAUGUGUUCGUAUUUAGUCUCGAUAAUGAUACAAAGUGUAAUGCAACAUCUACAGCAGGUGUACAAUAUGAAUUUACUACUGAUAUAGUUAACAGUGAACAUAUAAUAACAUUCAGAGGCUAUUACUUCAAAUAUACUAGGGAAAAUUACGUGAAAUCUGCUUUAAAAAAUGCUGGUAUUUCAAACUGGACAAUACUUCAGCGAAAUAAUGCAGCUAAAGAAUACCCAAGCGACUUCGAUGUGAUUGCCUUUGGAGAUGACAUGAAGGAUGGUAUCGAAGCGCUACGUGACCAUCCCGCUGUCCGUCGCGUCACAGCGCAGCGUCAAGUCCUACGUACUAUUAAAUUUGUGAAAGAGGACGAUUGCGGGCCCGCUGGAUGUCUCUAUUCUGGAUGGAGGAAUCAUAAACGUCGAUCUCGUGCUCUUCAUUCACUCAGAAAGCUCCGAGAGAAUGAUGGCUACUCGUCUAGAAAGUUACUAAGGACGGUUCCGCGGCAGAUAACCUCGGUUCUAAAGGCAGACCUGCUGUGGUCGCUGGGGGUAACGGGGGAGGGAAUCAAAGUAGCGGUGUUCGAUACGGGCCUAUCGCGUCAUCACCCGCACUUCGGUCGGGUUCGGGAACGAACGGACUGGACCGGCGAAAACACCCUGGACGAUGCUCUGGGUCAUGGAACAUUCGUAGCCGGGGUCAUUGCCUCCAGGGCUGACUGUCUCGGUUUCGCGCCGGACGCAGAUUUACACAUAUUCCGUGUGUUCACCGACAACCAGGUAUCUUAUACGUCGUGGUUCCUCGACGCCUUCAAUUACGCAAUACUGAAAAAAAUUGACGUUCUCAACCUGAGUAUCGGCGGACCCGACUUCAUGGAUCACCCUUUUGUCGAUAAAGUUUGGGAGCUGAGUGCUAAUAAGGUGAUCAUGGUAUCAGCGAUAGGCAACGAUGGGCCACUGUACGGAACCCUGAACAACCCAGCGGACCAAAUGGACGUUAUUGGCGUCGGUGGAAUUGGGUUUGACGAUCGCAUCGCGAAGUUUUCCUCGAGAGGGAUGACGACGUGGGAACUACCAGAUGGAUAUGGCCGUAUGAAACCUGACAUCGUUACAUAUGGAAGCGGCGUUCGAGGGUCGAGUGUGAACGGCGGUUGUAAAUCGCUCAGUGGAACAUCUGUAGCGUCCCCAGUGGUUGCUGGAGCGAUAGCUUUGCUCGCGAGUGGUGUACCUCGUCAGAACCUCUCGCCUGCUUCAGUCAAACAAGCGCUUUGUAUAACUGCCAGGAGACUGCCUGGGCCGAAUAUGUUCGAACAGGGUCACGGAAAACUCGAUCUUAUCAGUGCUUAUCAGUUCCUCCGUGAAUAUGAACCUCAAGCCAGCCUAAGUCCCCCGUACAUAGAUCUGACGGAAUGCCAGUACAUGUGGCCAUACUGUACCCAGCCACUGUAUUACAGCGCCCAACCCACGAUAGCCAACGUUACCGUCAUCAACGGACUCGGCGUGGCGGGCAAAGUCACAAAAGUAGGUUGGCAUCCCCAUCUGCCACACGGAGUAAUAUUGUCAGUAUCGGUGGAUUUCAUCGACAUACUUUGGCCGUGGUCUGGUUGGUUAGCUAUAAGUUUCUCGGUCCUGGAGAGUGGUGCUAACUUUGACGGCGUCGUUGAAGGCCACGUUAACAUCACGAUCGAGAGCUUCGAUGUGGUCUACGAUUUCGUCAUGAAAAAUACGACUCUAAUGUUACCUAUUCGUGCCCGUGUUAUUCCCGUCCCGGUCCGCGGUCGUCGUCUUCUCUGGGACCAGUUCCAUAGCCUCCGGUAUCCAGGGGGGUACUUCCCUCGUGACGACCUGCGCGCCAAACACGACCCGCUCGACUGGCACGCUGAUCACGUGCACACAAACUUCCGCGACAUGUACCGCCGCCUACGAGAACAUGGAUUCUACUUGGAAGUCAUGGGAAGUCCAUUAACUUGUAUUGACACCUCGUUGUACGGCGCUCUUCUACUCGUGGAUCCAGAGGACGAGUAUUUCCCCGAAGAAAUGGCAGCUCUCAAGAAAGCCGUGGACUCCGGCCUCUCCCUCAUAGUUUUCGCCGAUUGGUAUAAUGCGUCUUUACUGCGUCACGUUAAAUUCUACGACGAAAAUACGAGACAGUGGUGGAUACCGGAAACGGGCGGCGCUAAUGUACCGGCCUUAAACGAUCUCCUUGGCAUGUUCCAGGUGGCUUUAGGAGAUCGAGUGUUCGAAGGGGCAUAUAAACUAGCCGGUCACCCCAUGUACUACGCGAGUGGGACGCAUAUACACAGCUUCCCCGAACACGGUGUCUUAGUAAAGGCUAAAUUGUCGGACCAAGGUCAACAAAUAAUGUCAGGAGAAAAGGCUAAUGGAGCGGGCGAUUCGUCUGGAGGCGGGAAAAAAAUUGACGUCCCCAUACUAGGGCUAUUGCAAACGGAAAGCGAAUCACGUGACUACACGAACGACACUAAUACCAAGUUACCUAAGGCUGGCAGGCUAGUGGUCUACGGGGACUCGUCGUGCUUGGAGGGUGGCGCAGCUCGGCCGUGCCAUUGGCUCCUGCUAGCUGCUUUACAAUACGCGUUAGUAGGACACGUACCUACCUCGCUCAGAGAAGCAGCCGCUACCAGCCAUCACCGCGAUGUACAGAUCAUACCAUCGGAACUACCGAAACGUGCGGAAGGUGGACGUUUGCACGCAUAUUCGAGAGUCCUUUCACCAGACGGCAGUGGACCUCGGCCCGUGCCCGAUUGUGUUUCUCUUCCACUAAUGGACCCUCAGCCUGUCCAUGCACCACCUUCAUCCAGGACAUUGGCCCCCAGACAUCAACCUACUGAUCCAAAGAGUAUAGGUGCUCCAGACAUGGAAGGUACGGAAGCAGCACCGCGUGCUUGGCGCGGUGCCGGAGCCGCUCCGUCGCGCUCUCACGCUGACGACAUCGACGACGUCCACUCGAUCUUCGCCGGUCGAAUGUUAACACUUUGCUCCAUUAUCGUCAUCAUAUACUGUCUACAUGCCUUCUGGAAACGAUGCGGACGAAAAAUUAGAAGACGAAAACUGAUUUCGUUAGCCACCUAGCAUAAGGCCUCCCCUAAGCCAACCAGACGCGAAUUCACGGACUCACUUAGAGAGAUUAAACGCGGAUAGAAAAGGCGAAACGCUCGAAUAGGCGUAACGCGUAACUAGACGUUGUGUCUAGAUAUGUGUCACGCCUACAAAGGCGUAUUAUAUGCAGAUACGAUGGUGAAUAAGUAUCGCCUGAUCUGUGGGCACAAAAAAGACUGAACGCUUAACGGCAUUUUCAUUACAAUACUGUUAAAGUGAUAUGACUUAAUUAAUAUACAUAGAACAUUUCAUGCAGUGCAUAUAUCGUCAAUUUUAUGUAAUUAUGGUUAAUUAAAAUUUUAUGU